CCCUAUCUCCUCCUUAUUUAUUGGCUGCAUUCUGUAGUGCCAGUACUGGCAAUUCUAUUCUUCAAUUUUUAUUAGUCACCAAAUGAAGAGGGCAGAAUGAAUACCAGUACUGGCAACAUAAUGCGACCAAAACAUUCCCUAAACUGUAACCAAUGAGCGUUGCGCUUUAUGAAUUCAAAUGUUAGACGUAAUGCGAAAACCGGUAAGCAUGACGCAUUCAAGUUCGAAAGUGACCGCACAAAAGGAUAUCAAAACAUGUAAAUAAUCGUCUGCACGCGAAUAUAAAUCACUGUUACGUAGGACGAAGUCAAUCAAUAGAUUCGUGAACUCGCGCGUCUGAUCGUUGAUUUCUUUGUUUAACGCACAGUCUACUGCUCGACUUGAUAGAUUUUUGUUGGAGGAUGCUCGCCAGGUGUUCGCAGUAAAAGCGUGAAAGCGAGCCUCUUCGAGGCUUCAUUGCGAGGUCAGAACAACUUGGUAUCGAUUACUUAUCGAUGGAUCUUUUAUAUAAACUAUAAUCGAGGCAAACGAGCGUUUGUGUUGAGGCCAGUAAAAAUUACCCUUCUCGAUGAUGUCAGAUCUUACAACAAAGGAUAGAUAUAGUUUUGAUAGCAUUAGUACUGGCAGACUGACAAUGCAAAACGUCGCACUGCCAAAAUCUCAGCCGGUACGUCUCAAGGAGCUUAUGCAAAUGUGUGAGGAUGAUGACGAUGACGACGAGGAUAACGCCAACGAUGAGGAUGAUGAUGAUGAUGAUGAAAGUGAAAAAAAGUCCCUUAAAUUCGAGAAUGAGUCAGAUUUCGAUGAACCACGGCCUCUGUCACAAAAUAUUGGAGAAGACACGUUUGAGGAAGCGCCUCCAUGCAAAAGUAGCAACCCUCCGAUCGAUUCGAUGGACGGAUUCCCGAACAGUGCGUGUACGUUGCCGGAAGGAAAUUGUGAGUCCGUCUCUUACACACAGAAAAGAAUUAGCUGUACAAGUGAUAAGGAGGAGUACAGAGUUAAUGGUGUAAAUUUUGGGAGCCAGUUGCCAGUGAGUAGUACGAGUAAACAAGAAACUUAUAACUGUAAAUACGACGUGCAAAAGCAAGACAAUAAUAUAUCGCAUCAUGCUUUGAGGGGUCACCAAGUCGAUACUGUACGUGACUGUUCGAUGGGUGUGGCCUCAUCUCCACCAUCGUUGUCGAUUUUUACAGGUGAUUACAGUGCAAAACCUGAUACGAACAGAAAUUUACCGUCGACGAGUAGUGUCCAGUUACUUCACGAGAACGCUUACGCACCAGAUAUGUUAAAAAGAAGGGAAGAAUAUCCGUAUAACGUGUCAGCAGAAAGUAAGACGCUGUUAUCGAGAGCUAGCGACACUUAUUUGUCACAUAUAAGCAAAGAGGAGCAAUGGCUUAAAGGCACACACAGUUUUACUGAGCAGACGAGCAAAGAUCGUGAGGAGGAGUCGCAAACGUUGAAGGGUCCAAGUACCGCAGCGGAGUCCCUCAGCGGUGUGCCUCAGACGUUCGGGAGCUCGAUGCAUCCUAUGAGACAUAGCUCACAGUUCGGCGUCGCGAGGUACGAAGCGAACGAGAGGUAUACACCAGCGAAGAGUUCGCACGCGGAAUUCAGCACGCCUUCGUUAAGCGAAAAAACGGGGAAAUCGUUAACGACAGCUAAUCGCUUGGUCUUGGACACUCCGAUGAAGCACUUGCAGAUCAGCUCGAUGCACCCGAAUUCGUGUAUGUCGCAUAAGCAAUUGUUUUGUACUCCACAAAAUAAGAUGUCCGGUGAUGCAAGCAAAAGUCACGUCCAGACUCCGUCCACGAUAUUGUCCACUUGGUGUCACAAUAAUGUCAGAUCCAUACAGGCAGAGGGGAAAAAUCUUUUUGCGCGGGAGCACGUGCAAACGCCUAGGAAUACAAUUUGCACACCUAUUGCGGAGAAAGCGGAGCCAUCGAGCUUUUCCGGAAUCGAUCGACCCUACAGGAAUGUAAGACGGCCUCUAGUGGAUGCUGCAUUGGCGCAUGGCGAUACCUUGAGUUAUCCCGUGGAAUCGAAGACACCCCUGUUGCACACACGUCCUGAAGCUAAGAGCAUCGCAACAUCCGAGGCGCAACAAGAGAACAGAAACAGAAAAACGGUUGGAACUGUCGAAUUACAUUCAGAUUUGAAACCGACAAAGCUUGUCGAAGAAAUGAAGGACAAGCAGUGCGUACCCAAUGCAUCUGUGGGAAGCGAUGGGCGGGCUAUGCAGAGUCAGAACGAGUCGAACCAGCUGACAGUCGGCGUCAAUACGAGUGCAAAAGUAGUACAGGAUUCUUCACGAAAGUACAAGGAGCAGGGUAGCUCCGUUCCGAGUGUGGAGCAUGCGAGCGUGCAUGAGCAUUAUCCAGUCCGCGAGAGACAUUAUCCAGUCCGUGAGGAGGUGCGGCAAAUCGCGGACAAAGUAGCGAGUGUACAGUUCUCCGUGCCAACGAGUCUACUCCCGCAACGACAAAGUGGUAAAACUCUAUUCGUCAAGGACAAAGAGUAUUUGAUCCUGGGUUCUCUAGGUCGGGGAAUGAGCGGCGAGGUGUUACGGGUGCAGGACCUGUCUUCGGGCGAGAUGCUCGCCAUUAAGUGCGUGGACUUGAGCAAAAUGGACAAGGAGGCGGCUCAGGGCUGUUUGGACGAGAUCACUAUGCUGCAUAAGUUACAGGCGCCCUGCGUUAUCAAAAUGUUCGACUACCACAUCCGAGAAUCGAUGGUGUACGUGAUAAUGGAAAUGGGCGACACCGAUCUCAGUCGACUUCUCAGAUCCAUGUCUCAGGAGAAGCAAAUUCCGUUCACGAUGAUUCUGUACUAUUGGACCGAAAUGCUCACGGCUGUGAAACACAUACACGAUAAUGGAGUCAUACAUUCGGACUUGAAACCAGGAAAUUAUUUACUUGUACGAGGUCGGCUUAAACUGAUAGACUUCGGGAUCGCUUCCAGUAUAAAUUCAGAGAUGACGUCCGUUUUAAAGAAUAAUACGAUCGGCACGUUAAAUUACAUCAGUCCGGAAGCUUUGAUGGACAUUGGUGGAAACGCGGAUUCGCCUACUCAUAAAGUCAAAUACAAGAUAAACUUCAAAUCGGAUGUAUGGUCAUUGGGAUGCAUUUUGUACAGUAUGGUGUACGGACAGACGCCUUUUCACCAUAUACGGUCUCAAUGGGCGAAGGUGAACGCCAUAACUAAUCCGAAACCGAACAUCUCGUUUCCAGUGACGAGAUCGACAAGUGGCGGCGAUGCAAAGAAUUGUGAACACAUACCGCCCGUCCUGAUCGACGUGAUGCGCAAGUGCCUUCAGCACGAUCCAAAGAUGAGAUCUACAGUGUCACAAUUACUGCAGGUGCAAUACCUACCUACCUCACAACAUGCCACACUAACUUCGGUAGUUCCUGAUAUUCCAGCUAACGUACUCGUGAAGAUAAAGCGUACUCUGAACGAAGAUGAAUGGCGGCAGUUCAUCCAAGUAUUGGACACAAAGCGAAAUCAUACAUAAUAUUAUCGAAAUAAUUUAUCGUUUACUGAUGUACAUAAAAGUGAGGCGCAAAUAUACAAAAUGCUUUGUUGAUACAUA